AUGAUGGCUGCAGUGGAUCUUGUACGCGAGCAGCAGCAGGGAGACCUCGCGGCCUGCACUGUCCAAGCGGAGUCCACCGCACCAGGGGCAGGCGCCGCCGACGCUGUGCCGCUCGCCGCCGGCGCCGUGGCGCGUGGCGCGCCGCUGGCCGCAGCUGCGGAGGCCCCGGCACGCGGGCCGGGCCCCAGCGGCCGCGGCGCCAAGCGUCCCGCAGGCGAGCCGAGGCCGCCGCCGCCCCCGCGCCCCACGCACUUCCUGGCAGUCCAGACCGCGAGCCCCCAGUCCACGGCCUGCAUCCAUUCCAUCCAGUCCACGCUCAGCCAGUCCGGUCCGGACUUUGCGGACUGCUGCGUGGACGCGGCGGGGGCGCACGUCACACUGCUGGUCAUGGAUCUGUCGGGCGAGGGGCGGCUGGCGGCAGCCGGGGAGGCGCUCCAGGGCCUGGGGGCGCGGCUGGCUCACGACGGGCUGCUGGGGCCGCUGCAGCUGCAGCUCCUGGGGCUCGGCCAUUUCAGGCGGCAGGUGCAUGGGGGCCAUGCACGCACACGCGCACGUGUGCUGGCGGCGGGGCGCGAUGCCAACCGGGCUUCACAGCCGCUGUCCGCCCAGCGCCUCGCUCUGCGCCCGCGCUCGCGCUGA